UCUCUAUUUUAUAUGUGACGAGACAAAUUUGACUAGAGGAACAACUUAAACAGGACUACUAGUGGCAGUUCCAAGGGUUGAAGAAACUUCCAUUUCCAAGGCCUGAGUUUUUCAUAUAGUCUUCUUCUCUUCCAUUUCCAUUUCUUUCCCUCAGAUUUCGAGCCAGUUUUUGUUUUAGUUUGGAUUUGGAAGCACUGAAAUGUUGCGCCUCUUGAAAUUUAGAAGCGAAGGAUUAUUUGUACAAACGAAUCCAAACGUUGUGUAUGCGUCUUCCCACCAACAGUUGAAAGCAUGGCGCAGGAGGAGGCUGAGUACGGCGGAUGGGGGGCGGGCUCGGUGGUGGCGAUGCUCUUUAUAGUAAUACUACUACUGCUUCUGCCGCUGGGGAUGGCGCCCGGCCCCGUCCAGCCGCCCUCGAUGUCGCUGCUCUUCAUCUUCCCGCUCUCAAUGGCUGUCAUCCUCAUUUUCCUCUUCCAAGCCUCCAAGACUGAUUAGAUUUCAAUUUUCUUGUAGAUGAUGUAAUGAUAUUUUAAUUGAAACGUAGCCAUAUUGAAUUGAAUGAAGAGACGCAACAUUACAGUGCCUAAUCAAUUACAAAAACAACACACCGUUUCCAACGGUUUAGAUAAAUGAGCAAAUAUUUCCCAAUCCUCUUUCAAACAAGCUUUAAUUCCACCACUUCUAUGCAUAUUGAUGAGAUUACUACUGAAGACAAUAAUUCAAUUAUGAUGGAUCUGUCUCCAAACGAAUAUUUACAUCUGAAAAAAGAAUGGAGGUAGGCAGCAUCCAUUUCUGUCCAGCACAAGGAAUAAUCAAUGUCGAAUCAGGCCGCCUAACACAUUCCAGAUUAGCAUUGCAUGCACAUCCACCUCACCGUUAUAUGUACAAUCCCAAGUUGAGAGGUAUCUAACAGGUGACUAGACGUCUCGACCUUACCACCACAGACAAAUUGAUUACAAUUUGAAAUGCAAUGGGCUUUCUUAUUUGUUGUCAAUGCUCUAAGAUUAGUUGUCGCC